CGCGGUAUGGUGACUUGCUCAAGUUAGGCUGAUGAGCGCAGCGUUUAAAACUUUGGUUUGGAAAAGUGUUGAUGCGGCCAAUCUGCUGUAGUUUAGUGAUAGUGCUUUUUGUUAAAAAUCAGCGUCUUUUUGUUCCUUUCUUGGAUUAUUUUCAAUACUAUGGGGAAAGCAAAAGCAGUGCAGAAAGACGGCAGAGGCACGGCGGCGAAGGAGAACCGGCAACAGGCAGCCAUGAAUGAGAAAAUUGCACGCAUUAAACCGAAGCUCUUUCAUCGUUUGAGCCCCAUAAAAACCCAUACAUCUCGUGUCCCACUGCAAGAUGAAAACUCUGCCACUUCAGAUAAUCAGAUGAAGUUCCAAGUAAAAUGUACUGUCAAAUGUGAAAUGCAGGAGGAGAAAGGAGGCGGACAAAAGGUUUGUGUGUCCAGUGCUAGAGAUUCCACAAAAUCUGGCAAAGAGCAGAAAAAGGAGCCAAAUGUGAGUGAGGAAGGAGCAGAGACUGCAGCAGCCACCCCAACUACUGGUGGGAAAUGUGCUAAAAAGGGCAGACCUGCGGCCCUUGGGAACAAUCAAAGCAAAAAAGCAAAUAGAAAAUAUGUUCGUAGGAAAUGUACAGUGAAGCCUCAGAAACGCACACCAGUGAAGAGCCCUGCCGGUCGGAAUCACAAGCUUACUGAUUACUACCCGAUCCGCAGGAGUUGUAGGAAGUGUGAAGGGCAGCUGAAGUCAGAAGAAAAGAAAAUAAUUGACGAAUUCCUUCGGAACGGGAAGGAAGAAGGAAUGCAGGUUAGUGCGAUUGACGGGAAGGGCCGUGGUGUGAUGGCCACUAAACCUUUUCAACGCGGAGACUUUGUGGUGGAAUACCACGGCAACCUCAUUGAGUUUGCCGAUGCAAAGAAUCGAGAGGCUGAAUAUGCGCGGGAUCCCACCACUGGCUGCUACAUGUACUACUUCCAAUACCUCAGUAAAACGUACUGCGUGGAUGCGACGAGGGAGACGACUCGCCUGGGCCGGCUGAUCAACCACAGCAAGAACGGGAACUGUCAGACCAAGCUGCACCACGUGGAUGGCAAGCCCCAUCUUGUACUGGUUGCCUCGCGGGACAUUGCAGAAGGGGAGGAGCUGCUCUACGACUAUGGAGAUCGGAGCAAGACCUCGAUUGCAGCGCAUCCCUGGCUGAAGCAGUGAGGCAGGGGAGAGGAGUGCAGCAUUUGUAACUGAGGUUGUUGCUGGGCCUUGGUGAUUCCGGUAAUUCAUCAACCUCCAUUGCACGCUGCUCCCGAUCCCAGCAGCUGUUCUUGCCUCUUUGGAACUUUUAGAUAUUAAUGCUUACUAAAUCUUGCAGGGCGGGGGUGUGCUUAGCAGCUUGCUGUCAUGAAGCAGAUUCUGUAUUUUAUGUGAACUAUUUCAGUUGUACAGUAGUGGCAGCCUAGGCCUGCUUUUAUGCUCUGUAUCAGAAACUUACUUCUGAUAUUUCAGUGAUUGAAUGGUAUCAUUUGUGAAGUGACGGACCAUUUUUAGAACAGUUCUGUGUGCUGAAUAAUGAAUUUGUCCCUUCCAUCUGCAAGAGGUGAUUGGACACUUCAAAAUGCGAUUGUUUAUGCUGAAUUAGAUUUUUAACAUGGGAUUGUUCGUCACGCCCGAGCACCUGUUGUAAAUGGCUAUUUAAAGUUUGUGUACAAAAGCUUCAUGUUGAAGAUUAUUGAAAUAAACUCUGUGACCUAGUUGUA